CGACUCAAUUUACACUUUCUGUUCCUAGUCAAUUCACAAUGGCUAUUCCAAAAGUGCUUCUCCUUUCCCUGUUACCCUUUCUCCCGUGUACCUCAGCAUGGGGGACACUGGGCCACGACACGGUAGCAUUCAUCGCACAGAACUUCGUCUCAGCUUCAACAGCAACCUGGGCGCAAAACAUUCUCGCCGACACCUCAACUUCGUAUCUGGCGAGCGUAGCAACCUGGGCAGAUUCUUACCGCUACACAACUGAAGGCGCCUUUUCCGCGCCCUACCACUACAUCGACGCCAAUGACAACCCACCUUCUUCUUGUUCUGUGGACUACGACCGCGAUUGUCCCGCUGAAGGUUGUGUCGUCUCCGCCAUCGCCAACUACACCACCCGAGUGAAAACCUCGAACAUAAGCGCCACAGAAAAGCAAAAGGCACUGAAAUGGAUAGUCCAUUUCAUCGGCGAUAUCCACCAGCCGCUGCACGACGAAGCACUAGAAGUCGGCGGCAAUACCAUUUCCGUGACAUUCUCAGGAACGGCCACGAAUCUUCAUCAUAUUUGGGACUCGAAUAUGCCCGAGAAAUUGAUCGGCGGGUAUUCGCUCACGGAUGCGAAGAAUUGGGCUACUAAUCUCACUGCUGAGAUCAAAUCUGGGAGUUAUGCUAGUCAAGCGGCGGGUUGGUUAUCUGGGAUCAACGGCGCAGAUGCGAAGGCCUCGAGUAUGGUCUGGGCGAAAGAUGCGAAUGCCUAUGUGUGCUCAACUGUGCUUCCAAAUGGUGCAGAGGCGGUGCGGAAUCAGGCUCUCGAUGGCGCGUAUUAUGAUAAAGCGAUUCCGGUGAUUGAAUUGCAGAUCGCGAAGGCGGGAUAUAGGCUGGCGGCUUGGUUGAACUUGAUUGCGACGGGACAGGUUGGGUUGAGUGUUGCGAGGAAGCCAAGAGGAGCUGAAGUGGUUGAGGCUGUGAGGAUCGCGCCUAGGGAUGAGGAGAGGAUUAAGAUGGCGAGGAGAGCAAGGGCUGCCUUUGGGUGGAACUGUGGACCGGAGGGACAUAGCCAUUGA